GGCGCUGCUGUAAACAGGCAGGACAGCUCGUCAGCCCGCCGGCCGGCCUCGUGAGUGGAAGCCUCGUCCCGGUUUUCAUGUCCAGCUUUCUGGCUUUUUUUUUGCCACAUCGCCCAGCUGUGCAACUGAUGCGGCUCUGGGAAAUGCUGAAAUGUCCAACGUGCAGCUACGGAAGUCCAGAGAGGCCAUGAGCUGUUGCUAUGAUUUUCUGGCAAAGCAUGAAGCACAAGUGCAUUCACUGGUUCCGCAAAGGCCUUCGCCUGCACGACAACCCUGCUUUAAAGGCCGCCUUACAUGACUGCGAACACAUCUAUCCCAUCUUCAUACUGGACCCCUGGUUCCCCAAGAACGCACAAGUGGGCAUCAACAGAUGGCGAUUCCUAGUGGAAGCCCUCAAAGACCUGGAUUCAAGCCUGAAGAAGCUCAAGUCCAGGCUUUUCGUGGUCAGAGGUGUGCCCAGAGAUGUUUUUCCAAAGCUCUUUAAGGAGUGGAAAGUUACACGGUUAACCUUUGAGGUCGACACGGAGCCUUACAGUCAAAUACGGGACAAAGAAGUGAUGGACUUGGCCAAGCAGCAUGGCGUAGAGGUCAUUACUAAGAUUUCCCACACUCUCUACAACAUUGAAAGAAUCAUUGAGGAGAAUAAUGGAAAGCCUCCUUUGACCUACGUUCGCUUCCAGACUGUUGUAAAAGCCAUUGGUACACCUAAAAGACCAGUACCUGCCCCAACCAGAGAGGACAUGAAAGGUAUUUUGACCCCGAGCUCAGACAAACAUGAUGAGAAUUAUGGAAUACCAACGCUGAAGGAGCUUGGCCAGGAUUCGUCAACGUUAGGGCCAGAUCUUUAUCCAGGAGGAGAGCAGGAAUCUCUGCGCAGACUGGAAGAAUACAUGCAGCGAACGGGCUGGGUGUGCAGUUUUGAGAAACCCCAGACGUCCCCCAAUGCCCUGAGCCCCAGCACCACUGUCCUCAGCCCAUACGUCAAAUUUGGCUGCCUGUCUGCACGCACAUUCUGGUGGGGCCUUGCUGAGGUCUACCAAGGGAGGAAGCACUCUGCACCCCCAGUCUCCUUGCAUGGCCAGCUGCUGUGGAGAGAGUUCUUCUACACGGCAGCUGUUGGCAUCCCAAACUUCAGCAAAAUGGAAGGCAACCCAAACUGCGUGCAGGUGGACUGGGACAGCAAUCCAGAACAUCUGGCUGCAUGGAAGGAGGCGCGCACAGGCUUUCCCUUUAUUGAUGCUAUAAUGACGCAGCUGCGGCAAGAGGGCUGGAUCCAUCACCUGGCCAGACACGCAGUGGCCUGCUUCCUGACCCGAGGAGACCUUUGGAUUAGCUGGGAGGAGGGUCAAAAGGUGUUUGAAGAGUUAUUGCUGGACGCUGACUGGUCACUGAACGCAGGGAACUGGCAGUGGCUCUCGGCCAGUGCUUUCUUUCACCAGUACUUCAGAGUCUACUCCCCCAUCGCCUUCGGGAAGAAGACUGACAAAAACGGCGACUACAUCAAGAAAUUCCUCCCAGUCUUGAAGAAAUUCCCACCCGAGUACAUAUACGAACCGUGGAAAGCACCAAAGAGCGUCCAGCAGCAAGCAGGGUGCAUUGUGGGAAAAGACUACCCCCGUCCUAUAGUGGACCAUGAUGUCGUCAGCAAGAGAAACAUUCAGAGGAUGAAGGCAGCGUACGCGAAGCGCCACGGAGACCCCAGCAGCAGCCAGACUGAGAGCAAAGGACAGAAACGCAAAUCAGCAUCCAUCAAGGAAAUGUUCACAAAGAAGGCAAAGAAAUAAAUCACCAGUUUGAGGACUGUGGGUCGGAUUUCACGCCGUUACAGCUUUUCUUAGUUUACAAAGGCUAUUUGUAAUGUUUGGUACAGACUUUUAUACACAUCCGCUGUACUUAAUCCAGCACAAAAUACUCAGAAGCUGAAAGUUCUGUCCUCUUAGAAAUGCCAUUAUUAUAAAGACCUCGAUUUCCACUGCAAAGUCUAUUACAAGUUAUUUCAAUUAAAGUGUGAACCCCCAGAAAAUGAGGAAUAACAUGGAAACAGAUCAUUACACAGAUAAAAAUGCAGCUCUAAUGAAGUUCCUGCUACGCUUUGUUCUUCCACACCAACGAACAGCCUGUUUAAAGCAAUACAUUACAUUACAUAAACUAACGGCGUGCAUAAUCAGUAACGAGGAAAACUUCUCAUUCAUCCUGAAUGAUUAAUGUGGUUAUUACGCACACAAAUUCCAUAAUAUUAGAUUUCGCUCUCCUGCUUUACAAUCUUGGACAGUUCUUCAGCAUUUAUGACCAGAAAAAACAAGUGUAUUUGAUUGAAUAUGCUGGUCUUGCCUCUGCUAACUAGGGAGUGCAACACCAAGUUAUAUAAGACAUAAUAAAGGACGCGUGCAUAUCGCUGCCGUCAGAACAUUUUUGUCAUUUUUCACUUUUUGACACGAUUUGAAAACGCCUGUUGUCCUUUACAUCGUGUCCAAACUUUGUGAUGAUUGGACCAAAAGAAAUGGCCAAAAAUGAUUUGGAAAAAAUUCUGGUUCCAUUGACUUACAUUAAAAGUAAAGUAGGUUUUUCCUUCUCCUGUAAAGUGACCAUUUUGGAGAUUUUCUUCCAACAACAGUGAUAAACAAACCUGAAAUGCUUCAUUAUACCUGAGCGCUCCAGUUAAAUCCUCCACUAUACACAGCGCAAAACGUCAGAGACCACCCUUCAUUUAUUUAAUCUCCAGCCAAACAGAAAAAUGAGUAACUUGUACUGAACAGCCGGUUUUGGACAGAAGUGGUGGUCUCUGACUUUUGCACAGUAUGUUUACAGUCACUGGCUUGUAGCUGCGCAACUGUUCAGCCCCCUUUACCUCAUCCUUCAGUGAAAGGGACCCCCACAAAACCUCUGUGUGUUGAGCUUCUCAGAACAGCAGUGACAUGGUAGUGUGAUUAGGGCUGGUACACACAGUAAACCUAAGUGCACUUAUAUGUAGGUGUUUCUGAUAAAAUGGCCAGUGAUUGUAGCAGCAGUGUAACUCAUUGAUCUACAGGGGAUGGUUUAACUGUAUUUAUAAUGAGUUUGGCUUGAUUUCUGCUCACCUGUCUGGCUGAAAAAUGAAUUAAAUUAAAAUAAAUGCAUUGA